AAGCUCGAGAUGAUCCGCCCCCUACGAUCUUGUUAUCGCAAUUAAAUACCGUCAAUCGUCCGAACGUCGUUAAAUGCUAAAUGGUAAAAUAAUUCGGAGGGUUGAUGUUUGUUGAAUAUUACUCGCGUAAAUUGUUGAUUUUGUUGGGUGUCUUUAGUUGUUAUGUGAUUUUCGGUGCGUGAUUCGAAGAGGGAGUAAUAAACGAAUGACGGUUGUGAUUGUUUAUAUUCGCCAAGAAUUAAUCAGAGUAAUGUGCCCUUACUUAUUCGGCUAGUGAUAACUAAUUUUCGGUCAUUUGGCAUGAUCAUAGCAGAACAAUGACCGUCGACUUCAACGAUUAUUUUUGGGGCGAGAAGAACAAUGGAUUCGAUGUUCUAUACCAUAACAUGAAGUAUGGCCUAGUAGCAAGCAAAGAUUUCGCUGAAUUACUUCGAGAGCGGUCAAACAUUGAAGAAAACAACUCUAAAUUACUUAGCAAAUUCGCUAAACAGGCAGGAAGUUGUUGUAAUCAAGGCACUUUCGCUCCAUUAUGGCAAGUCUUAAAAACAUCAGCCGAGCGGCUGUCCGCUUUACACAUGCAAAUGGUGCAGAAAGUCACGGAUUUGGUUAAAGAAGUUAACAAAUAUUCGGAAGAAUUGCAUAAAAAACACAAAACCGUGAAGGAAGACGAAUCCGGGACUCUCGAAUCUGUACAGUCAAUGCAAAAUGUCACUCUUAUGGUACAAAAAUGUAAAGACACUUAUACCCAAAGGGGUAUAGAAUUAGAAAAGUUAAGAAAAGACAAUGCUAGCCCUAAAGAAAUAGAAAAGGCCGAAUUAAAGUUGAAAAAAGCUCAGGAAGAGUACAAGUCAUAUGUCGAAAAAUAUACCGUUAUUAAAGAAGAUUUCGAGAAGAAAAUGUCAGUCACUUGUAAAAAUUUUCAAGAGCUUGAAGUUGCACAUCUGGUCCACAUGAAAGAGUUCCUCAAUUCAUAUGCUGAAGUCGUAGAAUGGACACACGAACAAAUGGGAAAAGUACACAAAGAAUUCAAACAACAGUGCGUUGAACUGACGGUGGAUCAGUUGCUGGACCAAUUCGUUCGCAACAAAUCCACCGGACUAGAGAGACCAGGUAUAGUUGAUAUAGAGGAGGCGCUGAUGUCGCCGACCCAGGACUCUGAGAGCUCGAAGCCAGCAAAGCGUGAAGGUAAUGGCAAUAGCGACCAGACCGUGCCAACACAUGCCAAAACAUCCCGCCGUACAACUUCCCUUCUCAAUCUCUUCAUGUCUAACUCCCAGGGAUCACGCGAGAGCCGAGCCGGCCCAUGCAGCGCGCCUUCGAGCCCUACGAGCCCAGAAGGGGACCAACAGCUGACUCGACACCCCCACCGUGGAUCAAAGUGGUUUUUACGUAGUAGGCGCGAAAAAGCGAAACAAAAGAAAUCGAAAAAGAAAGUCAAAGACAAUGUUGAUACUCAAAGCAAUAAAGAAGAAAAGUCUGAUAUGGAAGAAAAAGACGAAUCUCAAAGAACUACCACGGCUGUGGAACCAGGAGCACCCGAAGUAGACGAAGAUGGUUACGUUAUACCACCGAAUGUUCCUCAUAGUUGGAACAACGAAAAAGGAAGCUUCUAUUCGUCCUCAGAUUCUGAUACCGACGAUGAACGUGAACGCAAAAUCCACGUCGAAAUAAAACCGCUAAAUAAUGGAUCUGCACCUAUGUCCGCUUCAGUAGAUGAAUUAAGAGCCACUGUAGAAAAUAUAUAUUUAUCCCCUGUAGGAAGUACCUAUGGCAGACGCGGUUCCAAUUUAGAUAAUCAAGAUUUAGCAAUGAAACGUUCACAGUCGGUCUCCCAACAACUUGGUAAACCAAGUAGUGACUUAUUAGGUCUAAAUUUUGUGCAAAGCCCUAACGCUUCUAAUUCUUCUACACCUACCAGUUCACAUCCUUACGCACCCUUGCAGAGCCCGUCUCAGUUAGCCUUAAAUUCUCCGACUCUUUCAGUUUCAUCCAAAUAUGCAGAUCUAGGUGAUUUAUUAUCCGAAGACGGUGAAGUUCCAUCAGGUGGUGUUACAAAACAACCACUACGACAAACCCCAACUCCCACGUCUGGGUAUAUGUCUAUUCCCAGACCGCCGUCUCGUCGUUCAGAUCCUCGACACAUGAAUCAAAGUAAUAUUUCAAGAGCUGAUAGCAUUAAUAGCUUGGAGUUUCGCACUGCUUGUGUUCCUGUGGGAGUCUCUAGAGGACCCUCGCCGCUUACCAUCGGAAUGGCCGAUACUAUUCCCUUGGCCGUCGCUUUCCAUGAGAUUGUUCACUCGUACUUCCGAGGGGCCGACGAAACCAGGUGUCAAGUGAAGAUGUCUGGCGAAAUGAUGCUAUCUUUCCCGGCUGGCAUAGUUACAAUUCUUGCAAAUAAUCCAAAUCCGGCGAAGUUGGUAUUCCGGGUAAAGAAUACCCAAAGACUUACCAGUAUUUUACCAAAUAAGCAAUUAGUGGCCAUUGAUAACGGACAAUCAGCAACUGAUAAUUUAGUCUUGGAAUUUAAUAUGUCUGCUUUAAGUGCUUUGUUGAAGAAGCAAUCGGAACAGAAUCCUAGCGCCUCCUAUUUCAAUGUAGAUAUUUUGAAGUAUCAAAUAAAACCUAAGCCAGGGGCAAAUUCGUGCCCCUUUCAACUUGUGGCCUAUUGGAAGUGUACAAGCUCGCAUACAGAUUUAAAAGUGGAUUACAAAUAUAAUUCACACUCGAUGAGUUCCCCAACGCCAUUAUUGAACGUUACUGUGGCAGUUCCUGUGGACGGUGGUGUCAAAAAUCACCACUUAAAACCUGCGGCUCAGUGGGCGCCCGAUACGAAUAGGGUUAUAUGGAAAUUCACGGAACUGUCACAACACUCGGAUAAUCAUGGCGUCGGAUCAUUAUUAGGUCGGUUUGAUCUUGAAAAUGGUCCGACAACACCUGCUACUAUUUCGGCUGCGUUCAAUUGCGAAGGUACGACGUUAUCGGGGAUAGAAUUUCAGUUGGUAGGAUCUGGGUAUCGAUUGUCUCUAGUCAAGCGACGGUUUAUUUCUGGUAAAUAUAUAUGCGAUGGCGAUUUAAAAUAUAGUUCAGGUACUGGAACGCCGUCUACUGGAUCUGCUGCUGCAAGUACCGUUUCUUCGACCGGCGAUCCUAAUUGCUAGCAUUCCCACAUAUCACAUGUGCAAUACGGUUCGUAUAUAAUCUUUAAAUUUGUACGUCAACUAUUUUUAUUUAUGACUAUUUCCAUGUUACAUAGCAUAUAUUAUAUAUAGUUUAUGAAGCUAUUUUAUAAUCAAUAAAGAUUUUGUAAAGGA